AUGAGUUUUCUGGGGGCGUUUAUACUGUGUAAGCGGUAACACUACGGGGCGAGUUUGGGCGCCCGUUAUAAUGUGACCGGCGCACGACGAAGCGCGUCUCUCCUCAAGUUGUUUGCGAUGUGGUACACGUGGACAACGUUACUGCUGGUGUCGUGUGCACUAGUGAAGGCAGAUGGGGAAGCAGAGACCGAGGCGCCAGUGCCGGUCGCAACUACUCGCGCGCCUCCUCGUACCCUCGAUCGCAAAGCCGCUGAGCUUGUCUGGAAAUCCUGGCUUGAGAGCUCCGACAGCAACAAUCAAAAUGCUCCACCAAGAAGAAUUACGACAAAGUCUUUGUUUAUAACACCCUUAGUUUGUCCUAAAGGCCAAAGACUAGAUCGGAAUGCUUGCAUUCAGGUGGUUACUGUAAACAAAGACGAACAUGAACGUAUAUUGCUGGAAACAUUAAAUGCUCUGUUCACUACCCCACCGAAUGACGGCCACGUCAACACAGAUGUAUUAUACGAUUAUGGUGAGGACGAGCCAGGACCGUUACAGCUUUCCAUACCUAUCGCCUUAGAUCCACAGGCAGCGCCGCUCCAAGGACAGGAGCCCUACGCACAGGCUCAAGGUAUGCAACCGAAUUACGUCAACAUUGACAAGAAGGAUAGUAACAAUCCUGAUGGUGAUGCUAUCAAAGCUGAAUUAGAAUUACUAAGUCUUUCGAACACACUUAACCAAAAUGGUACAGCUACAGGUGUAGGCUCAGAUGCUUUGAGCCAAAAUGUACUGACAAAUAUACACAACUAUCCAGAAAAGCCUAAACGCGAUAGCCCAAUAUUGAACGUAACUGAAAUAGAAUCAUUAAAUAACACCACCGAUGAUGUGGGACAAAAAGAAUUAGUUUAUGGACACAUAAAUGUUGACCCUGUUUUAUACAAUACGGAAAAUCAUGAAACUAUAGAAGAUAUCGAGACAUCUAGUAAAUCAACAGACAUACACAGCAGUGCAACACCACUAAAUAAAAAUGAUAAGCAUAAUAAAAAUUCAUCUACUAUGUCCACCACUAAUAUAAGUGACAGCAAAACUAAACAAGCUUCAUCUUCGCAAAUAUUGAAGAAAGAUAGCGAAAAGAGUAAAUUAAACCCAGAAAAUGACUACAGCGAUAUUGGAGAAGCUAUUAAAUUAAUAAGUAGAUAUGCUGACGUAACAACUGAUGAUAAUUUUGCCAAAGAACCCAAUAAAUAUGAAGUAAAAGAAGACAGCAUUCUAGGCACUCGAACCAAAGCGCAAUAUCGACGCAACAAACCAAAAGAACAACAUAUAAAUUUGGCACCACUUCACGUUCCUGCAGUUAACAAUGAUAAAAUACCUUCACAGCAUGUUUAUCAAACAGGUAUCUACUACAGAUACCCGUGGUCGGCUCAGAAUUCUCCAACGCCACCACCAGGUUAUCCAUUUCGGCACUUGCAAGAUUACUGGCCAGGUCGUAAUCAAGUAGGAGGUGUGUACAAUACACAUGAAAACCCUAGAAGGCAUCACCAUUCGUACCCUCACAACUUUCGGCUACACGACUAUCCUCAUACAGGCUUUGGCGUACCCCCGGCUUACCCCGAACAAUUGAAAGGAUAUAUUCGCCGAGUGGUUCAACAUCAUGGCAACCCAAUACGAUCUCGCAACACUGAUAAUAGAGAUCUUUACAGUCUGCUCGGCCUCAGACAUUGGUUCAGCAGUGAAGGGAUUUCAAAAAGAUAG